GCAUUUUUACAGUUUUUCUUAGCUCUAUAUAAACUCAAAAUUGCCAUGAAAUAACUGAUCAAAUAACUCAAAAUCAAAAGAAAAAUGGCAGAAGAAGAUUGGGAUGAUAUUUUCACAAAUCUUCAAAUGAGUGCAUAUAAAAAACCCAUUUCCAGACGUAUUCAACGAUUCGCCGCUAGACAAUUUUGGGCAGAAGAAAAAACUGAUAUUGGAAGAGAUAAUCAAGAUUACGUCGAAAAUAUGUUUAGAAUUGAAGAAACAAUUGAAAAUGCUGAGCUCACCAAUCAACUUUCUUCAAGAACAACCCAACAUCCAUGGCUUCUUGAAGCUCGUCAUACUGCAAUUCACCACAUUGUUCAUACAGGAGGACCUUUUGGAGUGAAAAAAGUCACAGUUUAUACAGCAGUGGUUUAUGUCGAUAGGUUUCUUUCAUCAAUGCCAAUACAAAAUGAAAGAUUCAAUGCAGCAAAGUUAUUGGGAAUUGCAUGUCUAUAUUUAGCUUGUGAGCAAUUGGAGGAAGAUGAAGUUCAACCAGGUUUAUCAGAUUAUUCGAGUUCUACGAAAUGUUGUGGAAGAAUCAUAACGGAGAUGAGAAAUCGUGUUGUUGAACAAUUUAGAGGGAUUGUUACUUUUGUUACUCCAAUUCAGUUCAUCAAAUAUUUCUUGUCAAGAUUCUGCAGAGAUAUUUCAAGAAAAGUGUACGCCAAAUCCAAAACUAUUGAAAUCAUUAUGAGUACAAUUGGAGAUUUGAGGUUAAUGAGUCUUAGAGCAUUUGUAGUAGGGGCAGCAGCAGCAUUAUUAGCAUCAAAUACAAAUAUAUUGACACAUGAAAUGAUAAGGGAUGAGAUCAAUGCAUUGCCUCAAAAUUGGCUUAUUCCACUUGAUGAGGUGUGUUCUUGCUAUAAUCGUUUGUUAGAGACCAACAUGCACAAACUUCAGAUAAAUUUGAACUGAUUUUCACUACCAAUUCUGGAAGCAAAUUAUAGAUAUAUUGUUAGUGUGAUUUAUAUAGACAAUAAUUAGCUGAUUUUUGUAAU